UCAUACAAAGAAGAUGAGUGAGAGGGAUGCGGUAGGUUUAUGGGGAAGCUGCAGCAGCCUUCUCUCCUGAGAAAGCAGUAUGUAUGGGCAGGUGUGGGGACUGGCUGCAGUUAAAGCCUGGCAGAUGCACAAUGUGCUCUCUUAGUAGUAGUUAUUCUGUAAAUAAGUCACCUUAUUUAAACCCUGGGAGCAUCUCUUUCCAGCCUGUCCUACAGAAGCAGGAUGAAACCCGGGCCAUUUGUGACAAAGGUUCUGAGAAACCACAGGAGGCUGAGACCUAAAGGAAGGUGCAGAGCUCAGAGCAGAGAGGCAGAGGAAGCAGCAGAGCACAGGGCAGGAGGACAGCGUGCCUCUGGGCUGGAGGGUGCUAGAGCCCAGCGAGCACCCCAGGGCAGAGGAGGAAUCAAGGGAGAAAGAGGGAAGCCAGGCAUACCACAGGUGCAAAGGAAGCCAAGGAGGUCCUGGGAGCCAGAGACAGGAGCCAUGCCCCACAGCUCCGACAGCAGCGACUCCAGCAUCUCCAGCCAGUCCCCCCCUCCUAGCAAGCAGGACUCUUCUGAUGACAUGAGGAAAGUCCAGAGGAGGGAGAAGAACCGCAUUGCUGCCCAGAAGAGCCGGCUGCGGCAGACCCAGAAAGCAGAUACGCUGCACUUGGAGAGCGAAGACCUGGAGAGGCAGAACGCAGCCCUGCGCCGGGAGAUUAAGCAGUUGACAGAGGAGAUGAAGCACUUCACCUCGGUGCUGAGCUCCCACGAACCGCUCUGCUCCAUCCUGGCAUCGCCCCCCCCACCACCCCCGGAGGUGCUUUAUGCUGCGCACUCCUUCCACCAGCCCCACAUCAGUUCCCCGCGCUUCCAGCACUGAGCCUACUUGGGGCGGCCAAGAACCUAUUUGUGGGGCUCACUUUUCCAUCUGGAGAGGGGCGAGCGGACAAACACCCCUUCUCGAAGUGUGUACUCUGAGUGACUUUGUCCAAGACUUGUUCCCUGUGCAGAAAUGGCAGAGCCACCAGCAGGCAUCUUCAGGCAGUUUCCAGCUUGGAUCAUGGAAAGAGGAGAAUUCAGCAUCAGCUGUUCUCUGGUUCUUGCCUGGGGACAUCACAGGCUGCCUUUGUGCCAGUGGCCGGCUGCAGCGUGCAGCAUCAGAAGCUCCAGGCACAGGAAUGAGAACAGGGGUGGAGGGGAAGGUUGGGGGACACAGAGUACCAGGGUGAAACUGGUUUAUUUUUGUAAAAUAAAGAAUGAAAACGC